AUGUCUUUUAAACCUCCUUUUAAAGUUGGUAAGUUACAGUACCACUAUGAAUUUCAGAAUCACAUUAGUCAGACACGUGGCUAUUAUUUUGGAGUAAAGUAACCUCGUUGCGCGUUAUUUAAAACACAUGAUUAAAUAAACUGUUGGAAUAGAAUGUCGUAAAAGAAAAAAUAUGAAUAUUGAAAUAUGAAUGCCUUUGGUAAUUUUUAAAUGAUAUGAAGUAACAUAUCAUCAACGCGAUUAACUGAUUGAACGUUUGUGGAAUUGUUUCAAAAGUAGCACGUUAUAAUUUAUCAAUUAUAUGUAAUUGUUCUUUAUUUCUAAAUAAAGAGAAUAGAACAUAUGUAUUUACACAAUUUUUCAUUCAAUUUAAUAAUGAAACAUUUAAAGAUAUAUUAUAGAAUGAAAUUUCAAAAAAAUGUUGAUUCAAUCAUGUAUCAAUGAACAAUACCAAUUUCUAACAAUUGUAGCUGACUUGUCAUGUAUCAAUGAAUAGUACCAAUUUCUAACAAUUGUAGCCGACUUGUCGCUGGCGGAAUGGGGACGAAAGGAAAUUAAUUUGGCGGAGCAUGAGAUGCCUGGUCUCAUGGCCAUAAGAAAGAAAUAUGGCCCAGAAAAAGUUUUGAAUGGUGCACGAAUUGCUGGCUGCUUACACAUGACAGUUCAGACUGCCGUUCUCAUUGAAACUCUCGUUGAACUCGGGGCCGAGGUUCAAUGGUCCUCGUGUAAUAUAUUCAGCACGCAAGAUCAUGCAGCAGCAGCUAUUGCAAAAACGGGGGUUCCCGUGUACGCUUGGAAGGGCGAAACCGACGAAGAAUAUCUCUGGUGUAUAGAGCAGACUCUCGUAUUUAAAGAUGGGAAACCAUUGAAUAUGAUUCUUGACGAUGGUGGCGAUUUGACCAACUUAGUACACACCAAAUUUCCGGAAUAUUUGAAGGAAUGCCGAGGUCUUUCCGAGGAGACAACAACCGGAGUUCACAAUCUAUAUCGCAUGAUGAAAGAAGGCACUUUGAAAGUUCCUGCUAUAAAUGUAAACGACUCAGUAACGAAGAGUAAGUUCGACAAUCUUUAUGGAUGUAGAGAAUCGUUAAUCGAUGGUAUCAAACGAGCGACGGAUAUCAUGAUUGCUGGAAAAGUUUGCGUGGUCGCUGGAUACGGAGAUGUUGGCAAAGGUUGUGCUCAAAGUCUCAGGGCACUUGGUGGACGUGUGAUAAUCACAGAAAUUGAUCCUAUUAACGCGUUACAAGCUGCCAUGGAAGGAUACGAGGUAACAACGAUGGAAGAAGCGUCAAUCAAAGGACAAAUUUAUGUUACCACUACCGGUUGUAAAGACAUCAUAGUGGGUGACCAUUUUAUAAAUAUGCCGGAAGAUGCUAUAGUUUGCAACAUUGGUCAUUUCGACUGCGAAAUUGACGUUGCAUGGCUUGAGAAAAACACUGUUGAAAAAGUGAACAUUAAACCACAAGUAGACCGAUAUCAAUUGAAAAACGGCAGGCACAUUAUUCUUCUCGCAGAAGGUCGAUUGGUUAAUCUUGGAUGCGCCACAGGACAUUCCAGUUUUGUAAUGAGCAACUCGUUCACAAAUCAAGUAUUAGCGCAAAUAGAAUUGUGGACCAAACCUGGGUUUUAUCCAAUCGGAGUUCAUAUGUUGCCGAAGAAGUUGGAUGAAGAAGUCGCUGCGUUGCAUUUAAGUCAUCUUGGUGUAAAAUUGACGAAAUUAACAGAGGAACAAGCGAAAUAUCUUGAUGUACCUAGAGAAGGACCUUAUAAAGCUGAUUAUUACCGAUACUAG